CUUGGACUUGAUGAGAUAUUCCUAGUAGUCAUACCUGCAUAAGAAAUCUGGCUGAAUUUGUGACGAUGAAAUUCAUUCAGGUGGUGCACAAUGCAGGCCCCGAGGCUCUCCGAGAGUCAAAACGCGAAGCUCGUUCGUACUCUGCCCAGGUGGCACACGCCAGAGCACGGAAGCUUCGCGGACCUGGAAAGGCAACAAAGAUUCAUGAGGGAAAUGGUCUCAAAACAGAAAAGAAGCAUACUAUGAAAGUCUUGAGCCCAAAGGGCCAGCCUCUAAACCAGACCUUGCUUCCAUACAACCAAGCAACUCUAUCUACAGCGGAGCUUCACAUCCAUCAGCCGAUACUAUCACCAUACAUCAACUUCCUUUCAACUCUCACCAAUGGCGAAUGCUUCAUGUUCGACCAUUACAUCAAAAUUGUGAUGCCUUAUCUUAGCGCUCACUGCCCGAUAGCGAGGUCUUUAGGUCAGUACCACGAAUAUUUAAGAAGAAAUUGGAUCGUCAUAUCUUCGCACGAUGCGGAAUUCAUCAGAGGGUUUCUCCUGGCUGCCUCCCGCCAUUUGUCCAUGGUGGAGUCGAAUGUCGAGUUCGAAGAAAUAGCUAUAAGGUAUAAACUGGAGCACCUCGCAAAGCUCCGGAAGGACGUUUCGAUGCAGCCGAUGUCAAUAAACCCUCGAUCGGUCUCGAGUGCUUUAGUCCUAUCAUUUGAUGAAAUGCUUCUCGGGAACAUUCCAAUGGCAUUGCGACAUAUCCAUGGGGCAGCGAGUAUAGUCCAGGCAGCUGGCGGACCCCAGUCACUGGGCCUGAGCCAGUUUAUAUCAUAUACGUUGUUCACUUGUGUCCAGGAAGACCGAAUUGGAGAUUGGGCCUGGGUUUUGAAGUAUGAUAAAGACUUAAUGAAGCCUAAAAAACGUUGAAAGGGAGGACACUGGACCAAAUCAGAAUCUGUUCACACGCUAUUG